AUGGUGAGGCCAUCACAAAGUAUGUAUGAUAGACACUUAACUAUAUUUUCUCCAGAUGGGAAUUUAUAUCAAAUAGAAUAUGCUAUAAAAGCAGUGAAAAAUACUAAUAUAACUUCAAUAGGAGUAAAAGGAGAAAAUUGUGCAGUAAUAAUUUCUCAAAAAAAAAUGGCAACGCAAUAUAUAUCUCAAGAUAAAUUAUUAGAUUAUAAUAAUAUAACGAACAUAUACAAUAUAACAGAUGAAAUAGGAUGUUCAAUGGUAGGUAUGCCAGGUGAUUGUUUAAGUAUGGUAUAUAAAGCAAGAUCAGAAGCAUCUGAAUUUUUAUAUCUUAAUGGAUAUAAUGUGAAUGUUGAGACAUUAUGUAGAAAUAUUUGUGAUAAAAUUCAAGUAUAUACACAACACGCAUAUAUGAGAUUACAUGCUUGCAGUGGCAUAAUUAUUGGAAUGAAUGAGGAAAAUAAACCUGAACUUUACAAAUUCGAUCCAUCUGGUUUUUGCGCAGGGUAUAGAGCAUGUGUCAUUGGAAAUAAAGAACAAGAAAGUGUAUGUAUUUUAGAAAGAUUAUUAGAAAAAAGAAAGAAAAAAAUUCAACAAGAAACAUUAGAAGAAGAUAUACAAAAUACUAUUAUUUUAGCUAUUGAAGCAUUACAAACUGUUCUUGGUUUUGAUUUAAAGGCAAAUGAAAUUGAGAUGGCAGUUGUAUCAAAAAAUAAUCCUAAUUUUACUCAGAUAAGUGAAAAAGAAAUAGACAACUAUCUAACCUAUAUAGCAGAAAGAGAUUAA